GCUUCGCCUCGGCCUCGUCACUCGCAACGCCGAACACCACGGUGAGUGAAUUGCGCGACUUUUUUCACCUCGCGAACCGGCGUUUGGCGACGAGCGCGCCCGCGACGAGCGAAAAUCGCCGCUCGCGACACGCCGUCAUCGGCGCAUCGCGCGGAUUUCGCCGCUCACCACGUCGAACCCGCGGGCGCUCGAACGCCGGACCUUAUCCGCCCCAGAUUACACCAUCCGGAGCUGUGAAAAUACCGUUAUUUCCCGCUUGGCGCUGGUUGGCCAGCACCCACGUGCUUUUUUUUUACGCGUCGGUUUUUUUCGUGUGCUCGUCCCGCCUAUGCUGACCAGAUGCUGACCAGACCACCCUCCGCCUCCCCCCACUCCCGCAGACGUUCCCGUCCUCGGCAUGUCCGACACCGAGUACUACACGAUGGAAGCCGAGCGCCGCCCCCACGCCGCGCGCCGCUCCACCAACCUCAACCCCGCGCCCGCGCGAACCGUCCCGGCGACGGUGGCUUCCGUCCCCGUCGCGGAGACUGCGUACUUUGCGAUGGAGCGCGCCCGCCGCCCCGUGGCCGCGGUGCGCUCGGGCGUCGUGGUCAAGCAGCCCACUCCCGUGCACAUCGCGUUUGAGGCGAACAAGCUCGGCGCCGCCGCGAUCGAUACCGCCUACGGCGCGAUGGAGGCGUCGCGCCGACCGAGCGCCGCGCUCCGAGCCGGGCUCCGCGAGCUGGAUGCGCCGCGCCAUUACGUGCCCAUCAUCAACUACCGCGACACCGCCUGCGCCGCCAUGGAGGCGAAGAGGCGCCCGCGGGCGAUGGCCCGCCUCGGAUCCCAUCGCGGCUCCGCGACUCCCGAGCUGUCCCAUCCCGAGAUGAGGGGCGACGCGACGCCCAACAACCUGCACGAGCAGCUCAGCGAGUUUGCCAGGUGGCGCGCCGGCGCCGCGACAGACGAGCUCGCCAGGCUCAAGAUCGAGGCCAGGCAGCCGGAAGAGGUCAACCCCUUCGACUCCCUCGAGCGUGCGCUCGCCGUGCAGCUCGAACAGAGCAAGAGCCGCGGCAACUCGCUCCGCGGCGCCACCAACUUUGGGCGCACCUCCUCCAGCUCAAGCCUCACGCGCAACGGCAGCUUUGGGAGCUCCGGCAACCUCCAGCGCCGCAACACUCCGAUGAGCCCCAAGUCCAACCUCCUCCCUCGCCCCGUUAAGUGCGGCUUCGACCCCUCCAUCGGCGAGGUCGUCUGCCGCCGCGAAGACAACGGCGAUGUCAUCUUCCACGGUGAGGCUGACGACGUCGACGCCAAGCUCCGCAGCAUGGGCGUCGCAAACCAGGAAGCCUAAGAACGAGACGCACCGCGCCACCACGCACGUACGCAUGUACCACGAGAAGGCCACUAAUACUAUUAGGCCACGGCCAUUUAUCAGGCCACGCGCUGUAAUAGCUUCGCUCUCGCCGUCGCGGUCAUAUUAGGCCGCGACAACAACCCGCCCAUAAUAGGGCCGGUUUCACAGUGAAUGAGACUGACUAUUACCAGUCUCUCUUUUAAUACGAGGGUAACCAGUUUUACUC